UAUUAAUUCAGACAAACAUUGAUGAGACAGUUAAUUAAUGUACUUAUUGCAGCAGUCUGCAGAGAUUUGGUACGGCCUGCUGGUCUUUUAUUUGUUAUUGUUCAUUUAAAAUUCAUUAAAUUAUGUCUGCCACCUUAUAUAUUUAUAUUUAAAUGAUGUGCCACAAUAAUGUAUCCUGAUGUUAUUGAGUUAAAAUAUUAAUAUUGUGGCUUUCCAAGUUAACAUUGAUUGAUAUGACUGCGAUUAAAUCAGCAUAUACUUCUGCCGGGGGAUGCCACCCCUCAACAUCUCCUGCCACCCCAUGAAUAUUUGUCUAGAUCCGCCCCUGAUUGGAAUGCAUUAGUUUAGAAUCAGGUGUCAAUUCAAUAAUGUUGGUUGCCUAGCAACUGUAUAGGCAACUUGGAAUGCAAUUAUUUGAAUAACUUAAUAGUCGAACAAAGUGAUGUCACACGGAAUGUGCAGAGGUCACUAUCUGGUCACAUGAUGCGAUGAUGUCAUUAUUGGCUUUUAUCUUGUAGAACCAAAUUCUUAUAGGAGUCUUGAGUCCAGCAGUUCGUUGAGACACAACACAGGUUGCAGUACAGAGAGUAUUUUCGCAACACAACACCACAACACAGAACAAACUGAAAUGGCUCAUCCAAUCUACAAUUCCUGCAUAUUGAAGCGCCGGGAUCAAACAAUGAUGCGCAAACAGGCAGAGGAGGACUAUAGGUCUGAGUCGGCUGCAAAUGAGGUGGAUUUCAAGAGAAAUGACCGGCACUUAUCAUUGGCGCUUGACGCAGCCAAGGAUAAGAGGUUCUUCCAGAAUGAAAGUGUCAGGAAGUUCCAUAGCGACCUCUUAAAAGAAAAAAUAAGAAAGGACAAUGAAGUUAUUGCUGCGUAUAAUAGAGAGAUAGCGAGGAAGGCUGACCAACAGAGAAGGGAAAAGGAAGAAGAGAUACGUCAGAUAUGUAUUGAUGCUCAGAGAAAAGAGGAGGACAAAAUUUGUCAGAGACGCCGUGAUAAUGUGGCUCUGAAAAACGAGCUUAUUAAGAGGACCAAGGAGAAGAAGCUGUUGAGAGAAGAGGAGAGACGGCAGGAGAAGGAAGAAAGAGACCAUCUCUGGGCCCUCGAUGAACAGCAUCAACAGAAUCUUAGACAUGAGCAACGAAAAGAACUGGAGGCAAAGGACAAAAACCUAGAACUUCGCAAAGAGGAAAUCUGUAGAAAAAACUGGCAAAGAGAAAGAGAAAUUGAAAAACUGAACAUGAAGGAUAAAGAAACUAAACGUGUUCAGACUGACAUAGAGGAAGUGCUGCAGCAGAGAAAACAGGAGAAGUCAGAACAAUUCAAGAUGAAGCAGAUUCCUAAGGAUAUAGUUAAUGACCAACUGGCAGAUGCUAAAAAACAGCAGGCUGCUCAGAGAAUCCAGAGAGAGAAGGUGAAGUUCUCCAAGGAAGUGGCCGAGGCAGAGGCUAAAGUGAUACAACGGCAGAAGGACGUGAAGGAGAAGAGGGAUGCGGCUCUGAAGAGCAUUGCCACUUACAGAGUGGAAAAACAUCAUGGAAAUGAACAGAAGGAGAGAGAGGAGAAAAAGGCCAGCCUGGACUCGUUACAUCAAAUGAAACAGCUUGACAGGUUGUCUGAGGAGCAAACUAAACGAGAAGUGCAUUUAAAAAGACAAAACAACAUUAAGCAUCAAGAGGUUUUAUUAUCUGAUGCUGCUAAAAAUAAAGCCCUUCGUCAACAGAAGAUAAGAGAGGACGUAUAUGCUUCCAGAGAAAUGGAGAAACAGAUUGCUGAGGGAGAGAAACAAAUCCAGCAAUACAUGCGGCAGGAGGGCGGGCAUCUUCCAGCAGCUCAGACAGGACAGGAGAUGCCAGAUUACAAUUACUUCUGUCGACAAACUGAUGAGCGGUUGCCCAAACGUGGUACUGCCCCGUUUAGCAGGGCGUGCUUAAUGAAACGGUAUCUGGAACGCGGCAGCCUGCAGCUAGCCACGGUGGAUGUGAGGCCGCACGAUCUGCCAACACUUUCCAGAGCUGGUGAUGGUUCAAAAGAUGCAGGUGAACCGUUGCCCACGAAGGCAAAUUCUACAUGGCAGCGCACCCCUUCCUCGGAGGAGAAGAUAAAGCAGUACCUGGAAAAGGACAAGUUUCAGCUCAAAGAGAGCAGUACUGCUGAUCUGCGGCCAACCCGCCUCCCAACCAUUAAAACACCGGGAGCACCUGCAGGAAGACACUCUGCCCCAACUGGGGUGGAGUCAUCAAAGAACCGUGGGAAAGAAAUAGGAGAGCGGUUGCCCAGAUUGGACACUCCUAAAAGCCGGGACACCAAGCAGGAGAACAGUAAAGGGAACCUGCAGCGUACCCUCCUCACACCACUUCACAAGAAGAACAGUGAAAAUAACCUGCAGCGUACCCUCCUCACACCACUUCACAAGAAGAACAGUGAAAAUAACCUGCAGCGUACCCUCCUCGCACCACUUCACAAGGAGAACAGUAAAGGGAACCUGCAGCGUACCCUCCUCGCACCACUUCACAAGAAGAACAUUGAAAGUAACCUGCAGCGUACCCUCCUCGCACCACUUCACAAGAAGAACAGUGAAAAUAACCUGCAGCGUACCCUCCUCACACCACUUCACAAGAAGAACAUUGAAAGUAACCUGCAGCGUACCCUCCUCGCACCACUUCACAAGAAGAACAGUGAAAAUAACCUGCAGUGUACCCCCUUCCCACCACUUCACAAGAAGAACAGUGAAAAUAACCUGCAGCGUACCCGCCUCCCACCACUCACAAUAACAAACACUCCUGCAGUAAAGAUCUGUUCCGCUCGGGUUGUGUUGCGAGCCCACAGGACAGUGUCAGGGGAACCAUUGCUCAGAUAUGCCACUCAGCAAACACAAAUGAUCAAGAGGAAGCAGGAGCACCUCACGUUAGGUAGUAUGUAUUAAAUGGCCAAUCUACAUCCCCCCCCUACCCCUCUACUCCCCUACCCCACUUUUUCCCCUCUACCUUUAAUUUAAUGUGUUCCCAUUGCUCCCCCUUUCCCCCUAAAUCCAUGUAGUCUUCAUGAAUGGGUUUUCUCCAGGUAUUCUGGGUUUUUCCAACAGUCUGAAUGUUUCAGCAUUAAAAAAACACCCGGGGGGGGGGGGGGGGUGCACGCUUACAGUAAUUGCGCCGCAUAAGUGCCCCGUUAAGCAGGGCGUGCUUAAUGAAACGGUAUCGGGAACGCGGCAGCCUGCAGCUAGCCACGGUGGAUGUGAGGCCGCACGUUCUGCCAACACUUUCCAG